GUUGCAAUUGUGGUGAGUAAGCAUGGUCCGUUCGGCGUACCUUGUUGGUCUUCGGCAACGGCGGUGCCACAUCCGGCGGGAAGAUAAUGGGAUAGGCAUCCUUUUUCAACCAUCGAUUCUCGUUCUCAACGUUGUACUGUUCCGGUAGAAAGUGGGCUGAACAGAUGCGGGGAUCUUUAACGCGCAGAUGUUCCUGCACGCGGUCCACGUCGUACUGGAGUCCUCCGCUGCGGCGGACACCCUCGAUGACAGCGUCGAUCCACUGCUGCCGACGAGGUUCCUUUUUCGGUAUGCGGUGUACCACCAGGUCGGAAUCUUCCGCCCGGAUGUCCUGCUCGCAGGUCGACACAAUGCAUCGCAUUUUGGCACCGGGGUAAUUUACCAAUUACGAACAGAAUCACUAUUUUUUAACUGUCAAUCGAAAGGAAGGCACAAAAUCAACAAAACUACACUAAUGUCACUCGAAAGAAAGCAAGAACUGUCAAAGCUUGAUGACGCGCGUCAAACAAAACGUCAAAACUGUCACAAACGUCAGAACAGUUGACAGAGCUGUCAUCAUAGGUAAAUAAAAGCGCAAACAAGCUCUCGAAAUCACUUUUACACUGAAAAAUCAAUAAACCAACACUAACCAUGGCGGACCAACGGAACCUGCCCGCGGCAAACAUGGUGAAGCAGUGCAGCGCCUGUGGCCACAACUCGACCUCGUACAAGGGAAGCUUCAUCCGGGUGCCCCGCGAGGAAGACAAACGCCGGAUGUGGCUAGUCAGGCUGGGGAUCGUCGAAGAUGAUGAACCACUUCCGAUCCGGACGUUUUUCGUGUGCCAGGACCACUUUGACAUGAAGAGGGAUUUCAAACCUGUUGGCGGCGGAAUACGGCUCCGUUCAGGGACACUACCGUGGCGCAAUUUGGCCAACGGAGAGCACUCCUACCACGGGUUGGAUGCCCAACCAUCGGCAGGAAAGAGCAGUGCGGAAUGUGUUUGCCGAUGCUGUCUCAAGCGGAAGAUUCGAUCGUUCAUGGGUCCUGAAAGUCGGCCAGCGUUCAGCCAAACCAACGACUUUGACCUGUGUUCGGCGCCAACCAUCCGGAAGUUACCUGUCGGUGCGUUCCUGUGCUGGUUUUGUCGGGGAACCAGCGGGCUGAAGGCGCUCUUUUCCGGUGGCAGUGCACUGUUUCCUGUUUUGCUGGACCAAAUCUACACCGUGACGGGAAUUUUGCUAAAUUCCGCCAAAAAUGAGGACGCGCUCAUCUGCAAGGGAUGUCAGCUGCAGGUCGAGCAGAGCUGGGCCUUCCGGUUGCGUGCCAGGGCUUGCUUCGGACCGGACGGAAUGUUUAUUAGUUCGAAGAAGGACCACACUAAACGGGAAACUGCGCAGCCAGCUCGGGUGGUGCCAGAAACGGUCGCGAAUGUGUCAAAUCCGAUACCAAUGAGGAACGUUCCGAAACGGGUUGCGCUGCCAAAGGCAGUUCUUACGGCAAAGGUAGUCCAGAAAGCAGUUCGCAGUGUUCCCAAGCCGGUACGAACUGUCUCAAAGCAAUUGGCUGUCCAAGAACCGGAACACUUUCUCUUCGAGGUGGAACCGCUGGACGAACCGGAAGUUAAGCGCAUCAAGCUGGAACCACCGAGUGAGGAGUACGAACCCUUGCAUUUCAAAACGGAACCCGUGCUUGUCAAGAUCGAAAAAUGAGCAAACAUGCUGACGCAGUACAUAACCUAGAAUCCAAC